CCUCCAAUGAAUAUUCAGGGUUGAUUUCCUCUAGGAUUGACUGCUUUGAUCUCCUUGCUGUCUGCUAACUGUGGAUUUUGUUUAUUCCUCUUUUUCUAAUUCCUUUGGUCAAGGUUAGGUUGUGUGAGGUUUUCUGUGUAUCCUGAGGUAGGCCUGUACUGCUACAAACACCCCUCUUAGAACUGGCUUUGCAGCGUCCGAAGGUCUCGGGGCGCUGUGCCUCCGUCUCGUCGGCCUCCGGGUGCGCUCUGCGCUCGCUUCUGGCCUCUUCCGUGAUCCAUCAGCUGUUCAGUAGCACCUUGUUUAGCCCCCGUGUGUUUGUGGGUUUUGCAGGGUUUUUUCUUUUUUGUAGUUGAAUUCUAGUCUCAUAGCCUUGUGGUUGUAAUAGAUGCUUGAUGUGAUUCCAGCUUUAUUAAAUCUACUGUGACUUGUGUUAAGUAGUACAAAUCUAUCCUGGAGAAUAUGCAUUUGGAAAGAAUAUGUGUCUGCUGCUUUUGAGUGGAUUACGUUCAUCUGGUCUGACGUGACAUGUGGUCAGUGUCCCUGUCCUGAUGCUCCGUGCGGGUCGUCUGUCCGUUGGUGUGAGUGGGUUGAGGUCCCCUCCUGUUAUGUUGCUGUUGGUUUCUCCCUUUAUGUCUUUUAUCGUUUUCCUUACUCAUUUAGGUGCUCCUAUGUUCGGUGCAUAUAUAAUUGUUGUGUCUUCUUUUUGGAGUCACCCCUUGAUCAUUAUGUCCUUUCCCUUUUUGUCUCUUGCAAUACUCUUUAUUUUAAAGUAUAUUUUUCUGGCAUAAGUACUGCUUCCUGACUUUGUUUGGAUUUCCGUUUGCAUCAAAUACCUUUUUUCGUUCCCCUUGCUUUCGGGCUGUGUAUCUUUAGGUCUGAAGUGUGUCUCUUGUCGGCAAUAUAUGUAUGUACGGGUCUUGUUUUUGUAUCAGAGUGUAGUCAGCCACUCUGUCUUCUGACUGGAGCAUUUAACCCGCUUACAUCUAAAGUGCUUAGUGCUCUGUCUGUGCCUGCUGUCAUUCUUACUGUUCUGAGAUUGCUUCUGUGGUUCUUUCCUUCAUCUCCUCUCCUGUUGUUCUUGUUCUCUCUCUUUUGUGGUUCUUUCGUUCAUUUCCUCUCUUGUUCUUGGCCCUCGUGAUUUGAUGGCUGUCUUCAGUGUUGUGUUUGGAUGUCUUUCCCUGUUUCGUGUGUGCGUCUAUCAUAGUUUCCUGGUUUGUAAUUACCAUGCGGUUUGUAUAUAGCAGUAUAUAUACAUAUAUAUGUGAUAAUUUCAAGUUGCUGAUCGCUCUAAUUUCAAAAAAGAUUUUAAUAACCCUGCAUUUUUCAUUCUUUCCCCUCCAAGAUUGCUGUUUUUGACAUCAUAUUUUACAUCCUUUCAUUUUGUCUAUCCCUUAACUGCUUAUUGUGGAUAUAGUUGAUUUUACUAGUUGUUCUUUUAACCUGUCUGCAGGGAUCAAACCCAGGUCUCCCAGAUUGCAGGUGGAUUCUUUGCCAUCUGAGCCGCCAGGGCCCACUAGCUUUGUACUUGGUUGAGUUAUCGAUACUUCCUUUCCUGCGUAUUUGCCUUUCCAGCGAGAGUCUUCCUUUUGUAAUGUUCAUGUUUCUAGUUGUCACCUUUUUCCUGUCUUUUGCUUAGAGAAAUCCCUUUAACAUUUCUUGUAAAGCUGGUUUUGUGGUGCUGAACUCUCUUAGCUUUUGCUUGUGUAUAAAACUUGUGCUUUCUUCAUCCAGCCCAAAGGAGAGCCUCGCUGAGGAGGGUAUUCUUGAUUGCAGGCCUUUCCUUCUCAUUGCUUUAAAUAUAGCAUGCCUCUUCCUUCUGUCUUGCCGAGUUUUUGCUGAAAAGUCAGCUGAUGACUAUAGGGCAGUUCCCUUGUUUAUAGCUUGUUGCUUUUCCGUUGGUGCUUUUAAUGUUCUCUCUUCAUCUCUAACUUCUGCCGAUUUAAUUCCGAGGUGUCUUGGUAUAAUCCUCUUUGGGUUAUUCUUGAUUAGGACCCAGUGUUUCCUGGACCCAGAUGUCUGUUUCUCUUCCCAGGUUAGGGAAGUUUCCAGCUGUUAUGGCUUCAGAUAUGUUCUGUGGCCCCUUCUCUCGUUCUCCUGCUGGGAUUCCUGUAGCGUGAAUGUUGGUGCAUCUGAUGUUGUCCUGAGGUCACCUGCCCCGUUUAUUUACGUGCACUUUCUCCUUGUUCUGUUCAGUGUACCGGCCACCACUCUCUCUUCGGUCACUGGUCCCUUCCUCUGUGUCACUUGGUCGCCUCUUGAUUCCUUCUAGUGCAUUUCCAUUUUAAUGUUGGUUUUCACCUCUGGUCGUUCUUUGUAUUUUCUGACUGUCUGUUAAAGCCUCCCCACUCUUUUUUGAGUUCUUUGGUCACCUUCACAGUUAUCGCCUGGAUCUUUUUCUCAGGGAGAUCGCCUGUUUCUAGUUGUUUUUUGGAGUUUUUUCUUGUUCCUUCAUUUAGAACAUGUUCUGUUGCUUCACUUUGCCUAACUUGCUGUUUUUAUUUCUGCGUGUCUAGCAGGUUGGUUCUGUUUCCCGAUCUUGGAGAAGUGGCCUUUAGUAGGAAGUGUCCUGUGCAUGCCAGCGGUACACCCCACUGUGGUCAGCAGCGCCCCAUGCUCUAGGGGUGCCCCUGUGUGGGCUCUGGGGCCCCGGGGCUGCUGCUGGUGACUGGUGAGGGAGUCAGUGCAGGAAAUCCCAGGGCUGCUGCCAGCCUGCAGGAGGUGGACCGGGUCAGCCCACGGCAGGCAGUGGCCUGCGGUUGUCCUGGGGCUGGUGUCCACCCACUGGUGUGUGAGGCUGGUCUCGAGGCUGGCUCAGGCUGCUCGUGGACAGGGCCGGGCCCCAGGCGUGUCUGGGUCUGGAGUCUGCCCGCUGGUGGGUGGACCUGGGCUCCAGGGUCCACGGACGCAGGUCCCUGUGUCCCCAUCCAGCGCCUGUGCUGGUGUGAGGGGCUGGCUGUCUGGGGGCCGUCAUGGGCUCAAGGACUCAUCAGACAGCCUGUCUGCUGGGGAGGGGUGCAGGUGCACGUCCCUGCCUGCUUGGUUGCUGGGCCUGAGGCCUCCCAUGCUGUGUGUGUUGCUGGGGGCCAGGUGUCGCAGGUACUGGGCUAGAGGGAGGGUCCCACCGUGGCGCUGGCCUGCAGCGGCGUCCUUGGGGCGGGACCAGCUCCCAGUGUGGCUGCUGCCAGUGUCUUGUCCCCAGUGUCAUGGCCUGCCUUCUCAGGGACACUCCGGUCAGCCGGUGGGUCCGAUCUGGCUCUUUUAAAGUCCCUGCUUCCGCCCUGGGUUGUGGGGUGUGUGAAGCUCCGUGUGUGCCUGCAGGAGCAGAGUCUCUGCUCCUCACAGCCCUCGGGGACUCCCCGAGGGAGCCCCACUGGCCUCAAAGCCCUGCAUUCUGGGGGCUCGCCCUCCUUGGCACAGGACCCCAGCUGGGGCACCCCUCAGCCCCUCGCUGCCUGGAGGCGACCUCCGUGGUUAGUCGCUCUGCCACGGGUGGGCCACCCGUCCUGCCAUCUUGCGGUGCCCGCUUCUCUCUCCUUAGCUGUGGCAGACCCUUCCUGGCCAGCCCCGUCACAGUGGUCAUUCUGGAGAGCCCUGGAGGGCCGUGCUCCGGGUCUCCUGCUCCACUGUCCCGCCCAUCCCCUCGCAGUGGUCACUCUGGAGGGCCCUGGAGGGCCGUGCUCCAGGUCUCCUGCUCCACCAUCCUGGCCGUCCCCUUGCGGUCAGCUGUGUGUGUGUUUGUGUGGAUGCAGUUUGGGGUUUGGUGGUUGUCCUAGCCUGCCUGACGUUUCACUGUGUUGAGCCUGGCUCUUUCUGUGAGUCAACUCCGGCUUUCUUGGGAUCUGCAGGGCAGGCUCAGCUGGUGCCCACGUGCUCUUUAAGGUCGGGAGGGCCCCGAGGAGCCAUGAGUGCAUGGGUGUGGACGCGGCAGCAGGUGUUUGUGGAGCUCGAGCAGCGACGCUGGAGGGCUGCGUUUGCGGUGCGCCUGGACCAGGCCCGGGGCCUCUGCACACCCAGGUGUUUGUGUCCGGGCGUCACCCUCACGGACCUUCAGGAAGCAGAGAGGACGUUCAGCCGGUCGAGGGUAGAGCGUCAGGCUCAGGAGCAGCCCAGCCUGAAGCCCGUGGGUCCCGGAGCGCUUGAGGGCGGCCCCCGGAAGCACGAGCCUGUGGCAGCCCCCACCCAGGAAGCCGGGAAGAGCUGCCAGCCCUGGGGCCGGAGCCCCGAGGGAGAGCCCGUGUAUCAUCCCCUGCAGUGUCCAGCUCAGCCCGAGCAGCCCACAGCGCCAGCGUCCCCAUCUGCUCCGAGACCCUCGCUCUACACCAGCUCCUACCUGCUCCGGACGGGUGGGUCCUCCGCCCCCGACUCAGAGAGCUCAGAGCCCCCCACAGGCACUGCCGGGACGCGGGACAUGGACAAAAACGAGGGCGAAGAAGCAGAGCCGGGCGACCAGUCCUCCGGCAGGCUGUCCGUCCGCGAGAGGAGGCGGCCCCGGGAGCGCCGGCGGGGCACGGGCAUCAACUUCUGGACAAAGGACGAAGAUGAAACGGAAGUCCCGGAAGAGGUGAAGAAAGCGUGGCAUGAGCGACUCUCCAGGCUGGAAUCUGGAGGCAGUGACGCAUCCACCGAGCGGGCCUCAGCCAGAGCCCGCCGGGAGGCCCGUGAGGCCCGCCUGGCCACCCUAAGCAGCCGCACGGAGGAGGACGGCGGCAGGGACUACAGGAAGCUCUACGAGAGUGCCCUGACCGAGAACCAGAAGCUGAAGACAAAACUUCAGGAGGCCCAGCUCGAGCUAGCAGAUGUGAAGUCCAAGCUUGAGAAGAUGGCCCAGAAGCAAGACAAGGUCCCUGACCGGUCGUCGGCACUGGAGACGGAGAAGCGGGAGAGGCGGGCCCUGGAGCGGAAGAUGUCAGAGAUGGAAGAGGAGAUGAAGAACCUCCACCAGCUAAAACAGAUUCAGACCUUGAAGCACAUGAAUGAGCAGCUGCAGGCCGAGAACCGGGCUCUGACCCGGGUUGUGGCCAGACUCUCGGAGGCCGUCGAGGGCUCGGACCCCCAGGGGCUCUAGUCCUCCCCUCCUCCACUCCAGGUCCUGACGGAGCUGAAGUCCGACAACCAGAGGCUGAAAGACGAAAACGGUGCCCUCAUCAGAGUCAUCAGCAAGCUGUCCAAGUAGGCCCAGCCUGGGCUGCCGGGGACGGCCCGUGUCCGCUCCCACCAGCCGAGCCAGGACCUGCCUCUGGCCGCCAGCCGCCGUCAGCCACCAUGCCCUCAGCGGCCCCCCAGCCCCCUCCUCCCACCCCCCCACCCCCCGGCUCAGACAGUUCCCAUCAAGGCACCACGGCGACCCUCGGCCGGCUGGGCGUCCGGAGGCGGCUUGGGGUUGCCAGGCCCACCUCAGACAGGGCCUCCCGCUGCCCGGCCGCUCGCCCCUGCCGCCCAGGAGCUGACUGUCCUCUGAGCCCACGCGGCGAUGCUGGUGGAGCGGCUUUUCUACUGACCACCUGCUGAUGCCUGGCUGUUGAGGCGCCCGCCCCGAGCUCGGGCGGCCUGGCUCAUCCCCGCGUCUGUGCUGCUGCUGUCCUUCCUUUGUGCCCCCGCUGUGCGUGCCUGGGGCGCAGAUGCUGGACAGGCCCUGAGCCCUGCAGUCCGUCCAGGCGCUCACGCCGCGAAGCCGGGCCGGGCUCUCAGUGCGCCUGUCCCCCGUCACAGCAGUUUCUUCACCAGAAAACCUGGGCUCUGAGCGCCCCGCCUGCCUCAGCUCCCUUGACCCAAUUUCCUGUCCUGAGAGAAGCAACACCUUCUUGAGGGCUUCUGAGGCGCGUGGGGCGGGCUGCUGGAGGUGGACCCGCUGGAGGCGGGUGUGAGUGAGGCCCACUUGCUCCUGACGAGGACACGAGCCUCAGGGACGCUGACCUGGUGACUCUGGGCGUGUGUGGGGAGAGGUGCUCACUUGCUUAGGAGCAGCAGGAGUCCAGGCUCCGGCAGGGGCAGGGCCCCCCUCCACAGCUGUGUCCGGGAACCCCACCCCGGGUCAGGGAGCUUCGGGGGUUGUGCCUUGAUCACUCGCAAGUUGGGAGACGAUGAUAACCAGAAAGGUUCCGGGUGGGAGCGGAGGUCUUCCUGAGGCCCCCCCCGAGACGUGCCAGCCCUGCUGUGCGUGGUUGGGGACCCCGAGGCGCCGGCGGCUCCCUGGCCCAGAGCUCAGUCCCCACAUGGCCUGCUCUCUCUGCUCGUCCCGACGUGGCUUCCUCCCCGGACAGAAGCCUGGACGGACCACGCCCUUGGUCCAGUGAAGAGUCGGGUCAUGAGUCCUUGGUGAUGGCUUGGUGUUAACACUGAGGCGUGUGCUUUCUGUCGGAGCUCCGCCCCUCGGCUGGUAUGAGCGCGCGGGUCAGCUUUGGGGUUGCUGUUGACGUCUGGUGUGUAGUUAUCAGCAAAUGCUACCUCUGUCUGAGAAAAUGACAGAGUGCUCCAGCUCCUCCGUGGCCCUCAGAAGCGUUCCGUGCUCCUUAACCCAGAGCUAUGAUCGAUUACAGUCCCGGUUCUAGACAGGUCUGUCUCCUGGGGCAAAACUGCUUUCUCAGGGCGUGCAGACCCUUCCCCAUGCGCACGAUAGGGGGGUCUGACAGUGGGGACAGGCGGGCCGGGGGCAACACCACGUCAGGGGAAGCUCCAGUCUUCAAUGCACCACUCCUUUGUUCUUGGGGACCCGCAGGGGGCCUUGACCCUGACCCCCGGGACCGGGCGGCACGGCCCUGCCUCUUUUUCAGAAGGAGGCUGAGUGGGAGGGGUCAUCCCACCCUUCUCGCGGCGGGCGGAGCAGGCGGAGGAGCUCCGGCUGUGCCUUCUGGGCCGGGGGCACCUCCCGCAGCCCUCGUGUGUUAGGCCCGGGCUCGGGAGGGCGGGCCCUGUGGCCGGAGCCCGUGGUGUGCACCACCGCAGUCUCAGGCACGGUCUCACGCAGCUCAUUCUGUAGGGGACCCUGAAUCGGGUCUCUUUCCCAGGCUGUGUGGGUCGUAAGGUGGUGGCCAGGGCCUCCUUGCUGCCCCGGGGGCUCUGCCCUGUCACCACGGUGCCUGAACGGGAGGUUGGCGCCUGGGAGGCUCCUUGGCGGCGGCGGUUUGCGGUUUUCCAGAGAGGCUGCUCUUCCGGGCCUGACGACCAGGCCUCCAGCUGCAGCCUGGCCGCUUCGCCACCCUGUUCCCGAGGCCACUGCUCCUGGACCUGAGGACCGGGCCUCCGUCUCCCCUCCUGCAGGGCGUUGGCUUCCCUCGGUCCCCGCCCCCGCCUCAAGGAGGGGUCAGGGCUGUUGGAGUAGCCCCCGCCUCCGCCUGACUGUGAUCUGCCCAGACGGACAGACGGACGUCAGGGUUUCAGCCAGGCUGCUGUCGCAGGAGCCCGACGGGGUGGGCGCUGCUGUGGGUGCAAGGCAGUGGAGACAGCACGGAGGGGCUUCCCGGGGCCCCAGCCCGCGUGCCUCCAGGGGGAAGCCUCAAGACUUCACAGCUGAGCCAGCAGGGAGGGCCCAGCUCCAGCUAGCAGGGGAGCCCCUGGCACCCCGCCUCUGGACGGAGCGGGCAUAGGCAGUCCUCCCAGUCAGGGCCAGUACCGAGCGCUGUCCCCGUGCUGAGCGUCAAGGCAGGUGUCGGCACCUAGGGGUGAGUCCUCGGGCACCGUGAGGAGGCGGGGGGCAGCAGGAGGAACCGGCUGGAAGGACAGGGCUGGGCGUCGGGCCCAGGGGCCGCGCCUGCCCCAGGCAGCCGUGCUGCCGUCUGAAGGGGCUGGACUGGUCUGGGGUCGGGUCUCUAGACCUGAGAGUCUGUGGUUUUUUUGAUUCCUAAGGAGACCAGAUAGUUCUCACACUCAGAUUUUGCUCAUUCUAACUUCAUAAAUUCUCGUUUUCGUCUCCAUUCAAACUGUUUAAGUGUGUGGCUAAGCGGGAGAGUAAAUUCAGCGUGGAGGGCAGUCCCCCCGGUGGCCGGGUGAGCCUCUGGGCGAGCGGCCCUCCUGGGAGGUGGUGUGGCCCCUGGUGGUCUUGAGCUGUCUCCCAGCAGCCGUCCUUAAGCGGCAGGACCAUCCUGGAUGGGAACCAGUCUCAGUCCUGGGGGGCUGUUGGGGCUGUCCCGGGCCGAGGUCGGCCCCCCUGCCGGGAGCAGGGCUGCGUCUGUCACCUGUGCCGACUCCCUGGGGCCUGGGAGCUGGCACUGCGCAGCUCCUGGGGAGUGAGCAGGCUCUGGGGCGAGGAAAGGCCAGACAGAGGUGGCGCUGCCUCCCGGGAGGCCGGGCUGGACGCAGGCUGGGGAGAAGACUGCAGACAGAAGCGGCUGAGAGUCUGGUCCCCCUGAGGGGUGCUGCACUCAGGGGUCACUCUUGCUUCCAGCCUGCGUGUGGUGUGUUUGCUGCUCAGAGACGUCACAGCCUCACCCCGGCUUCAUCCGGGGCUCUGUUAACUCGCAUCUUUGCCCUCCGCCCCCCACUGCCCGGCCACUCCGGUUCCUCUGCCCACUGUCCUGAGAGGGACUCCAGAGUGAUCUCUGCCUUGGGUGGCCCCUUACGGUGGCUUCGGGAUGCGCCUGUGUCUUUCCAGAACAGACAUGCCUUCCACCCUCCUGCGCCUGCAUUUCCCUAACACUCAGUCUUUGCUUUUCUCACUUGGAGCCCGUGGUGCUCAGAGGAGGGGGUGGUUUUCCACGAGUCACCCCAACUUGCAAAGCCCUCGGGGGGAGGCCUGGCCUGGUGGGGCCCCGGGGGCAGCCCUGCUUCCAGCUGGAGGCGCCUAGGUGGUCUCGGAUGUGGGCGGAGCCCUGGGCUCUGCCCUGCCCCUUGCCUCCACCCCACCUGCCUCCUGGGCUGGAGGACUGGCCUCCAGCCAGGCCCCCUGGAGGCGGGCUGCAGGGGCAGGGCUCUGAGCCCCCGAAAGGCCGACUGUCCGGUCGAGGGGGGAGACUGCCCCCCAACCUGCCGCGAGGGGCUCUGCUUCAGGCUGUGACUCUGGUCCCCCCCCACCCCGUCUCCUGCCGCUGCCUUGGCCGGCUGGGUGGAGCGCACGCGUGAGAAGCUCCCCGGGGUCCCCACACCCCCGCCCGUCACCUCACCCCCCGCCCCCGACUCCCCUCUGGGACAGCACCUCUGUGUACACACACCGGGGGGGGCGGGGUUCAGGGAGGAGCCCAGAUGCACUUCGUGAGCUGAAUGUAUUUUUAUGCAACUUUUGAGUGGCCUUUCAACCCUGAGGUGAAUGGUUUUGUUUUACUGGUUGUUGUUAUAUAGUAUUAUUAAGUAUUCUGUGUUUGGAAGUUUGGAAAUAAUAAUAUUCACGUCUGUAUGAUGCCUGUAAACACGACAGUAUUUAUAAAUGAGUAAAUUAAAUUGUGUUUUAACUUUG